AUGGAGAAAAUUAAGGAACGCGAAAGCAUAAAAAAGGGGGGUUCCCAUUUGUACGUUGUCGUUGAUUUCUGCAGCUUUGAACAUCGAGUGGUCUUCCAGGAAUCUGGUGCAAAUUUCUUGAUUCCAUCCCCAAUAGCUUCAACUAACGAACUUGUCACUGUGUGGGAUCCUGAACUCGGAAAAAUUAACCCCUCUGAGCACAAGCAACUAAAGUUGGCCAGAAGUUUAAACCGGGGCAUAAUCGAUAGAGAUCUUAAACCCAGCUCUACAGAAAGGAAGUCUAUUCAAAGAAUAUUAAGAUAUCCUCCAACAAGGACUUUGACUGGAGAGGAGAAGCAGCUACUUUGGAAAUUUCGAUUUUCAUUAAUGUCUGAGAAAAGGGCACUGACAAAAUUUUUGCGCUGUGUAGAAUGGAGUGAUGUCCAGGAAGCCAAGCAGGCACUAGAACUCAUGGGCAAGUGGGAGACAAUUGAUGUCUGUGAUGCAUUGGAGCUUCUAUCUCCAGUUUUUGAGAGUGAAGAGGUCCGUGCAUAUGCUGUGAGUGUUCUUGAAAGGGCUGAUGAUGAAGAGCUCCAGUGCUACUUACUCCAGUUAGUUCAAGCUCUUCGGUUUGAACGUUCUGACAAGUCUCGCCUUAGUCAAUUCCUUGUUCAACGCUCAUUAUGUAAUAUUGACUUGGCUAGCUUUCUACGGUGGUAUGUGGCAGUGGAGCUCCAUGAUCCUGUUUAUGCAAGACGGUUUUAUAGCACCUACGAGUGCUUGGAAGAAAGUAUGUUAAAGCUUGGGUCUUCAGCAAAUGGUGAUGAAGAUGGUUUUAAGCUUUGGCAAAGUCUUGUGCGUCAAACUGAGUUGACUGCACAGUUGUGUUCUAUUAUGAGAGAGGUGAGAAAUGUAAGGGGUGGAACGCAGAAGAAGAUUGAAAAGCUUCGGCAGCUUCUAUCUGGGCUUCAUAGCGAGCUAACGUACUUCGAUGAGCCAACACGAUCUCCUCUGGCACCAAGGGUCCUUAUAACCGGGAUCAUACCAUCAGAAUCAUCGAUCUUCAAAAGUGCUUUGAAUCCCUUGCGUCUGGCUUUACGAACAGCAAGUGGAGGAAGCUGCAAGAUCAUAUUUAAGAAGGGUGAUGAUCUCAGACAAGACCAGUUGGUUAUUCAAAUGGUAUCGUUGAUGGAUAGAUUGCUCAAAUUGGAGAAUCUAGAUCUUCAUUUGACUCCUUACAGAGUAUUAGCAACUGGGCAUGAUGAAGGCAUGAUGGAAUUCAUUCCAUCUAAAUCAUUGGCACAGAUUCUAUCAGAACAUCGAAGUAUUACAAGCUAUCUGCAAAAGUUUCACCCAGAUGAAGACGGGCAUUUUGGAAUUACAGCAACCUGUCUGGAAACAUUCAUAAAAAGCUGUGCUGGUUAUUCAGUUAUCACAUAUAUAUUGGGCAUUGGUGACAGGCAUCUUGAUAAUUUGCUGCUACAAGAUGAUGGCCGCCUUUUCCAUGUUGAUUUCGGGUUUAUACUCGGCCGGGAUCCAAAGCCAUUCCCACCUCCUAUGAAACUUUGUAAAGAAAUGGUCGAAGCUAUGGGUGGAGCUGAAAGUCAGUACUACACGAGGUUCAAAUCGUACUGCUGUGAAGCAUACAAUAUUCUUAGGAAGUCGAGUAACCUAAUAUUAAAUCUCUUUCACUUGAUGGCGGGUUCAAACAUUCCCGAUAUUGCUUCUGAUCCUGAGAAAGGCAUUCUUAAGCUACAAGAAAAGUUUCGUUUGGACUUGGACGAUGAGGAGUCAAUACAUUUUUUCCAGGAUCUUAUCAACGAGAGUGUUAGUGCGUUAUUCCCACAAAUGGUGGAAACCAUCCACCGUUGGGCUCAAUAUUGGCGCUGA